CUUUCUAUGGUGCACUGGUGACGACGCUGGUCUCUGGCUAUUUGGCUGAUCAUUUUCGGCCCAAGCUGUUAUUAUUUGCAGCCGCCUGCGAUUUUGCCUUCAUCACCCUCCUCGGCCCAACCUUGGCCAAUGCUUCAUACUGGGGCUUCUACGCAUCGAGAGUGAUCUUGGGACUUGGAGACGGCUUCCUGAUCCCCUGCAUCAAUUCGGUCAUCUCCAGAUGGUUCCCGCAAAGUGAGAGAUCGAUGGCCGGAGCGAUAUACACGCUGGGGAAUCAGAUGUCCGCCGGACUUACCUCCAUCAUAGCUGCCUGGCUUUGCACAUCAUUCCUCGGGUGGCCGUCGAUUUUCUACAUCCUUGGCGUUCUUGGCCUCUGCUGGGCCGUCGUUUGGCUCAUUUUCUCGGCCAACCGCCCGGCUGAAUGCCGUUGGGUUUCUGAAGACGAACAACUCUUCCUCGCCAAAAAUCUCGGAAAGCAGAAGCGACCCCUACCUCUGCAAGACGCCCCGUGGCGCCAGCUGCUCCUUGGAAAAACGACACUGUCCAUCUACGGCGUCCAGUUCGCGUUCAACUUCACGAUCUCCCUGCUCCAGUCAUUUUUGCCGACAUUUCUCAAGGAACACUUGAUGUUGCCUAUCCAUAUGAAUGGCAUCUACAACAUGAUCCCUUUCAUGUCGCAGAUGAUCGCUAAGCUGUUCGUCGUGUCCUUGGCGAAUUGGUUGAAAGCGCGCGAGAUUACGGGAGCAGAUGCGUCGGUGAAGAUCUUCCAGGGGCUAGGAAACAUCUCCGGUGCCAUGAUGAUGUCGUUGAUUGAUAAAAUGAACUGGCCCAACAAGUGGUUGAUCAUCUUUUCUUUCGGCGCCGUCUGCCACCUGUUAACGGGCCUCAACUUCGUUUUUCAUGGCAAAGUCACCGCCUGCACCCUCACCAUCACAACGAUGAUCGGUCCCCUCUUGGCGAACCUUUCCUAUUGGUCCUUUUUCACCUCACGUGUCGUUUUGGGACUUGGUGACGGCUUCAUCAUCCCGUGCAUCAACACCGUCAUCACGCGUUGGUUUCCCAGCAAAGAACGAUCCACUGCGGCUGCGAUUUACACGCUCGGGAACCAGUUGACCUCUGGCCUGACAGCAAUCAUCGCCGCGUGGCUUUGCACUUCGAUUUUUGAAUGGCCGUCGAUAUUCUACUUGUCUGGUUUCACCGGAAUCGCUUGGGCCGUCGUGUGGAUGAUUUUCUCGACGGAUCGGCCAGCGGAUUGUCGUUGGGUUUCUGAGGAUGAGAAGCUGUACUUGGCGGAUAGUAUGGGCAGGCCGAAGAAGCCAUUUCCGUUGAGAGAAACGCCCUGGAAAAAACUCCUUCUGAGCAAAACCACCAUCGCCGUCUACGGCAUCCAGUUCGCGACCAACUUCACGAUGUCCAUCCUCCAGUCCUUCCUCCCCACCUACUUCAAGGAGCAUCUCAUGCUCCCCAUUCACAUGGGCACCUUACUUUGGACCCCAUCGAUGCAAGCCCUGCUCUUCUCGGCAACGUUUUAUGGUGGUCUGGUGACGAUAGCGAUUUCGGGAUAUUUUGCGGAUAAAUUUGGACCAAAAGCAAUUCUAUUAGUUGCAACUGUUGAUUUUUCCAUAUUCACCCUACUCGCGCCGAUGCUAGCCGAAAAUUCCUACUGGGCAUAUUUCGGGUCGAGGCUGUUAAUGGGAUUGGGAGAGGGCUUCGUCUUUCCAUGCCUGAACUCCAUGGCCGCCAAAUGGUUUCCUCCUAGUGAAAAAUCGACAGUUGGAGCGCUUUAUACAAGUGGGAAUCAACUGGCCGCCGGGUUGACCUCUUUCAUCGCCGCUAGCCUGUGUUCAUCGCCAUUCGGGUGGCCUUCGAUUUUCUACAUAUUCGGCGGACUCGGUCUGAUCUGGGCGCUAGCAUGGCAAAUCUUUGCCACAAAUUUUCCAAGUGAAAACAAGUGGACGUCAGCCGAGGAAUUAAUGUACAUCGAGAAGAAUCUAGCGGCCAAGCAUCACUCUCAAACUUUUAAGGACAACAAAGUCCCGUGGAAGCAGCUGCUAAUUAGCCGAUCAUCCUUGGCCAUCUAUACAAGCCAGUUCAGCUACAAUUUUUCGGCAGCAAUUAUGCAAGCAUUUUUGCCGACCUAUUUCAAAGAAGUUCUGUAUAUUCCGAUUCGUAUGAAUGGACUUUUCACAAUGGUCCCCUUCAUCUCGCAAUUGAUAUCGAAAAAUAUCUUUGGCUUGUUGUCGGACUAUAUGAAACGGCAUCAAAUUUUGAAGCCAGAUGCUUCGGUCAUGAUUUUUCAAGGGAUUGGUGCCGUCGGUUCCGCUUUGUCACUAUUUGCUUUGGCUACGCUGCCAUCCUGUCGACACCCCUAUAUCGCGCUACCAAUCUUGAUGAUAUAUGGUAUCUCAUUCUCCGCCGGGAUCUGUGGCUUUUUCACAUCACUAAUAUCGAUUGCCCCGCCAUAUUCUGGCACGAUGACCUCAAUAUCGAUGACCUACGCUACGGUGGCCAAUUUUAGCGGUCCACUGCUACUGUCGCUAAUUGAUGUUAUGGCAUGGCCUCACAAAUGGUUGAUCACGUUCAGCUUCGCCGGGUUGCUAAAUAUCUUCUCCGGGAUUUUCUUCAUCUUCAAUGGCGAGGGCACGGUUCAACCCUGGGCGGAAUCGAUUGAAAAAUCUCGAGAGCGAACUGUCAGUGUAACUGAA